CACCCACUGAAUUCUCUGCUCACUCACAGGAGCCCAGAUGCCCUCUGUCUCUGUGAUGUGGCAGUCACUUCUGCCGGCCCUGCUGUGGGCAGCCGAGUGGGUACAGGGAAACAGGAAUGGGAGGCUGAGCAAAGCUGAAUCUUGUUCCCCCAAAAAGUUCCAGAGUCUGAAUCAACAAAACAAGCUGGACCUGUGGACACCAAUGGAGGUGCAGGAGGGUCUGUGUGUCCUCAUUCCCUGCUGUGUCUUCCACUCCAACUUGCACUCCUCCAACGGCUCUGUCUUCGGCUACUGGUUCCGGGAAGGGGCAGAUAUAUACCACGAUUCUCCAGUGGCCACAAAUAACCCAGAUCGAAAAGUGCAGAAUGAGACCCUGGGCCGAUUCCAUCUCACCGGAGACCCACAAAAGAACAGUUGCUCUCUGGACAUCAGAGAUGCUCGGCAAAUGGACACGGGAACGUACUUCUUCAGGCUGGAGAGAGGGUCUUCUGUGAAACAUAGCUACACAAUGGACCAGCUGUCUUUGCAUGUGACAGCUCUGACAUACAGCCCUGAACUCCACAUCCCAGAAAUCCUGGAGCCCGGCCAUCCCAUCCGCCUGAACUGCUCUGUGCCCUGGGCCUGUGAGAGGGGGACGCCCCCCAUCUUCUCCUGGAUAUCAGCUGCCCUCACCUCCCUGGGAUCCAGGACCACACUCUCCUCAGUUCUCAUCCUCAGUCCUCGGCCCCAGGACCAUGGCACCAAUGUCACCUGCCAGGUGAACUUCCCUGGAGUUGAUGUGACUGUGGAGAGAACCAUCCAGCUCAGCGUGUCCUAUGCUCCACAGAACCUGAUGAUCAGUGUGUUCCAGGGAAAUGACACAGAAUCUUCAGCCCUGAGCAAUGGUUCAUCUCUGCACAUCCAAGAAGGAGAGUCCCUGCGCCUGGUGUGUGUCACUGACAGCAACCCUCCUGCCACGCUGAACUGGAUAAGGGAGAAUCUGACCCUGAGACCCUCACAUUUCUCCAACCAUGGGGUUCUGGAGCUGUGUCAGGUGGAGCUGGAAGACAGUGGAAUAUACAUCUGCCAAGCUCAGAACCCGCUGGGUGCUCAGACAGCCUUUGUAAACCUCACUGUGCAGAGCCCCCUGCAACUUCUGGGCCCCUCCUGCUCCUGGAGUGCUGAGGGUCUGCAUUGCAACUGCUCCUCUCGAGCCUGGCCACCCCCCUCCCUGAGCUGGCAACUCGGGGAGGCACUGCUGGAGGGAACCAGCAGCAAUGCCACCAUCAGGCUCAACUCCAGCUCAGCUGGACCCUGGGUCAACAGCUCCCUAAGCCUUUUUAGGAAUCUCAGCUCCAGCCUCUAUGUCAUCUGUGGAGCCCGGAAUAUCCACAGGGCCCAGAAAGGCACUGUUCUCCUGCUUCCAGGUCAGGAAGUUAUGAAGGGCAAGACUGGGGAAAGGGAAGACUGGAAUCUGGAUCCUGUAAGACAAUGGAAUUGAGAAAAAUGGUGCUGAUCCAAAGCAAAGUGGGCCUGGAGUUCAUGGUGCUCUGUCCUUUGGCUGGAGUGGGACAGAAGAGACAGGGAAUUCAGCAUCCAGGAAGGCAAUGGUUCAGGGGGUCGUCGGGGAGCUGGUGCCAUGGUCCUGCUUGCUGCCUUCCUCAGCAUCAUCUUCUGCAUAGUGAAGACCUGCAGGAAGAAAUCCAGGCAGAAAGCAGCGAGUGGGGAUGGCACCCAUCCUGAGGGUCACCUGGAUGCAUCCAAGUCAAACAGCAGCCUACACCACUCACCUACUCCCACGACCCCCAUGGAGAAGGAGCCCGAGCUCCAUUACGCAUCCCUCAACUUCCACAGGCUGAAGUCCAACCAAGACCAGGACCCCAACACCACCGAGUACUCAGAGAUCAAGAUCUGUAAGAGUUGAUGUCUCUCUCCAUGUCCCAACUCUGACUGGACUCCAGAAAAGUCAUCGCUGAGGUUAAUGUCUGCCAGAGACAGAUUCUUGAUAUCAACACAGGUUAUAAAGAAGAAAGUGGCGUUCCUUGAUGUGACUAAAGGGCACAAUUAGAGGUUUCUGGGUUCCCAUCUAGACUUGGGGUUACCUCAGGCAAGGCUCUCUGUACCUCCAUGUCUUCCUGUGCAAUGGGGGUGAUAUUCAUUAUGUACAUUGAGCUGGAAAAUGCAGUUUGUGUUGUUAAAUGUCUUGUUAUGUGUGUGAUUCUGAAUCGUGUUGACCUCAGCAGGGUGGAGGAAGAUGUUAUCUUUUGACUCUAAUGUAUGCUCCUAUGUUGCACGGCUAUUUUUAAGAACAUUUGCUAUCUUAAAAAACAAAUCUCCUUUUGGUCAUUUUCACCCUAGAAAUAACCAGCUCCCUGUCUAUUGAAACUGUUUUCUGUUCCUAAUAAACUUUAUUAUCACUUUCACUAUAAUUUGCAUCUUCUCCAGUGAACUCAAGGGUUGCCAUAGCUUCACUGACUUUCUGGCAUCAUUUUUGGUGCUGUGGCUCAGGUCUUGCACAUCUGUUUCUGCAAGAGCUCAGAACAGUCUUCCUAAAUUAUGUAGGAUUGAGGCCAUGCCUGUUCAUUCAUCCCUGCAAGUGCUAUUCCACUGUUUCAAUUCUGGCUGCUUUUUCUCCCUUGCCCAGUGUCAUCUUCAGGUGGCCUAACACGCAUGACUUGCUUUGAGGUUCCUUCCAGGUUCUGCCUCUGCCUUUCCUACUGAGUUCCUGAGUGCCAGGUGCUUCCUUUCAGGCUGGUGUUCACUGCAUCGCCAAACAUCAGCCCCAGGGGACCCCUAUCAGAUGCUAUUGGUGAUGACUGGUUCUGCCUUGAUACCUUACAGAGCUGGCUUUCUAAUUCAAUUUUUUUUCUUGGUAAUGGGGUUUGAACUCAUGGCCUCACACUUGCUAGGAAGGUGCUCUAACACUUGAGCCACUCCACCAGCCCCCAGAGUUGGGUUUCUUUAACCCUUGUUAGACACCUGGUUCCAACAUCAUUGAAGCAGUCUCUAGAAUACUCCUUACAUCAGAUAUAGGGGAUCUAUGAGGCCCUUAUCUUUCUACCUUCAAGGCUUCAAAGGCUUUACUUUCCCUUUUAUGACCCCUCCCUGUCUCUGUCCCUAUGGCUCCAAUCUUUUGGACUGAGCUUCUCACUUUGAGACCCCCAUCUUGGAAAGAGCUUAUUCCAACAAUAGUCUUCUUCUGUUCUUAAGGCACUGCCUUUGUUGUUGGCCCACUGCCCAAUCUUUUCAAGGACUCCCCUUUUGUGCGAUCUCAGAUUCAAUUAGAUGAAACUCCCCAUGCCAUAAGAGAUAUUCAGAGAUAGAUGAAACAAGAUUGUUUCUUGAGCUGGACCACAGGGAAACACAGAUACUAGAAGAACCAGAAGACUGUAAAGAGUGUGCUACACUAGUUUCCUGGUUUCCAGAGGUUUCCCUUGAAAGUGACCCUAUGGAUGUACCUAGCUCAGGGGCUGGGGGGGGACACCUCUUCCUCAACCUAGGCUUCAAAUUCUCUCUCUGGAUGGAACACAUGGUCUGGAUGAUGACAGUUAACUCUCCCUUUCUUCCAGAUUGGCAAUGUGUCAUCUAUUCAUACAGACUCACCCCUUUAAAAGUGAAACAAAUAUAACUCUGAGACAUUAAAACAAAAAAGACAUAUUCUUUUUCAAUACUGUCUGGCCACUAUAUGAUCUUGGCUCUAAAGAAAAAUAGCCUGGAAAUGGAAGCUUUAGCCAUAAUAACCCUUCUGUAAGAGGGAAAGAGGCCAAAUGUGUCUGGCCCACUGAGGACAUUCUAGAUAUUCCCCAGCUCUCUUGUUCCACUCUGCCGCCCUACACAGUUCCCUAUCAUUCUUCCCCAUCCUUCUAGCUCUGUCUGUGAGGUUUCUCCCAUCACCUGUCUGGCUCAUGAUCUGUUUUGUGGAGACCUUUUCCAAAAACCCAAUAGGUUCAAUGGAUCCUCUCCUGGCUCUACCAUGUGUAUCCUGAGGAACUAACCCCUCUCCUUGUCUUCCUUUCCCUGGAAACUUCCCACUCCCUACCCCUAGUGCUUUAACUUUCUGGACAGACUGCUGUUCUGCCCUCUGCCCAGAGGGAAAGCCUUUUGUUCUCUUCAGACAUUUUUUGUGCAACUGGUUAAAUUCCAGACUGAUUCAAAAGUCUACAAUAUAUGGGUCUAUAAGCAAAUGUGGUUUUUGUAAAUUAUUUUUAUAUAGAGAAACAGUUUAAUGUUGUAUUCUUCCUGGAUCUUUGUUGAAAUAUAAUGCUACUAAGAGUGUUUUAUUUUAUUGGGAAAAGAAUGAUUUUGACUAAAUUCAGAAGUUUUAUAAAGGGGAUGAAGGUGUGUCUCAAGUAGAAAAGGACCUGCCUAGCAAGUUCAAGGCCCUAAGUUCAAACCCUAGUACUUGCAAAACUUCAGUAAAAACCUGCGUUGUGAUUACAAUAACUAUUCUCAUCUUAGAGAGAUCUACUCUCAGUACAUGUUAUACAACUACCAAAUGGGGAAAAAUAAUAACUCAUCUCUAGAAUAUCAGUUGGUGGUGAGGAUAGAGCCAUGAAGCUCUCAUACACCAUGGGCAGGAGUAGGAAUUGGUGCAGCCAAUACAAAAAAAUGUCUGUCACUCUCCACCAACACUGAGCAUACAUUAACAGUAGAGAGGGGUUUGUGGGAAUAUUUCCAAGGUGAGUACAGAGGACUUCCCUUUCCUUACAUUGGCCAUCAAGAUGUUGGAUAAGUGUCAGUUAAUUAGUUUCCCAAUUAUCUAUGAUAACAAUUGGUACUGUUCAAGAUUUGGUGAAGGUGCAGAAAUAAAAUAUAUUUCAAUAAAGUUCCUAUAAAGGCGGCAUAGGUUAUUGAACACAUAAUUAGGGCCCAGGGCCUGAGGCCCAAGGGAAAGAGCACCUAGGGUUGAGAAGUAUCAACUAAACUUUGUUUUUUAGCAUUCCUUAAUUUUGUGUUAGUAUAUUUAUUGUACAAAAGGGUUUCAUUGUGAUAUUUCCAUCCAUGCAAGUAACAUACGUUGAUCAAAUUCACCCCUUCUAAACAGGAAGGUAAAACAGGUCCUGGCUGGGUGUUGGCAUCAGUGCGAAGAGGGAGGAUAUAAAGAAAGAGUGUAGGAGGGUGAAUAUGGUGGAAUAUAUGUACUCAUGUAUGAAAAUGGAAAAUGAGACCUGUUGAA